AUGUUUGUCGAGGUCGUGCUAGAGCGAAACGAGCCUCCCCCACCUCCCAUAGUGAUAUGUCCAACGGAAGUAGACAGUAUCAACGUCACUCUGGAGAAAAAUCAGCAAUGCGCGUGUAAAGACUGUGGAAAGCUUUUCAACUCGGUUUGGUAUCUAAAGCAGCACGCAGUGAAGCACUCGAAUGACCGUCCCUUUAAGUGCAAAUUUUGCUUCAAGACAUACAAGUUUCGUUCAAACCUCUACCAGCACAAGUGUCCCGAUCGCCAGAAGCAGAUGAGUCAGGGAGGGCGGCGCCGGGGUGGGCUCGCUGUGUCCCCUUCAGCCCGUCGCUUGGAGACAAGCCAGUUGCUGAAGUCGCGAAUUGAAACCGGCACAAAUCCAGAGGACAACGCAGCAUAUCAGUCAUCCAUUUCUGACAAUGAGGAUAACGAUCUUCCUAUUACAUACGGCUUGGUGAUACAUAAAUUGGAGGAGAUAUCUCAGAACGUCUGUUUCUUCUUGAAAUUCUACGAUAGCUCAGAAAGAUCUAGUGCUACCGAAGGUUUCCAGAACUUCACCUCAAACGAACAAAAUGCACCACCACCAUCUGAGAAUGUGCCAGUUGAGCCGGCUGCAAAGCAACGACCACCGGACUGCGUUCGUGCUCAUCCUCUUCCGCAGGAGGAGAUUGACGCCUAUAUCGCAAGAAACAAAUCAAAGGUGCAUUAG